AUGUCGCAGCCCAAGACUACCUGGGAGGACCUCGCCCGCCUCGGCUGGCCCAUCUACGACGUCUACAAGAAGGCCAACGAGUCCCGCGGCGGCACCAUGAACGGCAUAGGCGAUAUCUUCCUCAAUUCUGGUAUCGCUGCGGACUAUCAGUGGUGGUCCUACAACACGACCAUCGGCAAGCCGUAUGUCCUCGGGAAGACACCGAAGAACAUCAGCCAGGAGGAAGUCGCCUGGUCCUACGACAACACGCAUAACAACCAGGAGCAUAACGAAGAAUGGACGGAGUCGUGGACCAACACGAACUCUGCGACGCUCACUGUCACCAACAGCGUGACCAUCACGCUCAGCAGCAGCAUCACCAUCGCGAAUGUCGCGUCGUCGGGCUUUGAUAUCAGUGUCUCGCUGGAGGCGUCUUCUAGCAAGACCGAGGAGCGGAGCUACACCCUGACUCGCAGCUGGCCCAUGAAUGUUGGUCCCGGGGAGAAGCUUACGCUGUACCGCAACAUCACCACGUUGGCGAAGUCGUCGAAUAUGGAUUUUGGCAUCGCGAACGGUAGUCUUCUAGGCACCAAAGGUGACAAGUACGGCGACCACUACUAUUGGGGCCGGUAUGUCAACACACUGUGCAACAACCCACGCGGGCGCCUGGACUUGAUGGGCAGCAGCAGCAACAUCACGUACGCGUUCAGGCUCGUGCGCGAGACGGCGGAUAGGAGGAAGGUGGUGACGCCGCUGGCCGUCGACGUCUACGAGGCCAAGGACGCCGACAAUGCCCACGAGAGCAAGGACGACAUCGGCGUCCACGACUCCAAGAGACACAGCAAAGGAGAGAAGGACUCGAAGGCCGUGCGCGGCGUUGUGAAGGCCGUCUGGGGCGAUGGGGAGGCGCAGAUCAUGGUCGCUGCUCCCGAUGGCGAGUAA